GAGUUAAUCAAGCUUCUGUGCAACUAUCCGAAAUCUGACUAUGAAACUCAUACUAGUUACUUUUUUACUCGUCUUAGUGGACAGUAGCAUAGUCAGAACUACACCAAUAAGAGAGGAGGCAGACAAUAUUUUCCUUGAAAGAUACACUCUCUCAUCAGUACCAAAUAUAGUUGAAGCAGAUGGGUAUCCACUCGAGAACUACUACGUCACUACCGGAGAUGGUUACAUCCUGAACGUCCAUCGCAUACCAUUUGGACGAAGCGGCAAGAAGAACAACAAGGUAGCCUACCUACAACAUGGUAUUCUCGCAUCGUCUUCCGACUGGAUCCUGAACGGCCCAGGAAAAGCGCUGGCUUACAUUCUGGCAGACGAAGGGUAUGACGUUUGGAUGGGUAACGUCAGAGGUAACAAAUACUCUCGCAAUCACAGCGUUUUCGACCCCGACACCGACUCCAGAUUCUGGCAAUUCAGCUGGCACGAUAUUGGUGUAGUCGAUGUCCCAACCAUAAUAGAUUUCGUUCUAGAAAAAACUGGAGCAGAUGGUGUUUACUACGCUGGACAUUCUCAAGGUACCACAGUAUUUUACGUUAUGACAUCGAUGAAACCAGAAUACAAUUCCAAGAUUAAGGCACAAGUCAGUUUGGCGCCAAUCGCUUACAUGAGCCAUCUCACCAGUCCAUUACUGAGGAUCGUAGCUUUCUGGGAAAAACCAGCUGCAUUUUUAUUGGACCUCAUUGGGAUGGACGAAUUUCUACCUAGUCACGGAUUCAUGGCAAUGCUAAGUAGUAAAGUAUGCACCGAAGGGAUAGGUUCGCUACUUUGUGGUAACGUUUUGUUCGCUCUUUGCGGAUUUAGUCCAGAACAGAUGAACACAACAGAAAUACCUGUCAUUAUGGCUAAUACUCCUGCAGGUUCUUCUACCAAACAAAUUCUCCACUAUGGCCAGGGAAUUUCAUCGGGGAAAUUUCGUCAGUACGAUUUCGGAGCGGUGGCUAACAAUAAAAAGUACGGAUCGAUAUGGCCUCCAGCGUAUGACUUGGGAAAAAUAACUGCACCAACCUAUUUAAUCUACAGCAAAAAUGAUUGGUUGGCUGCGAUUAAAGAUGUCGAACAACUUUAUGGGGAACUAGGUGGGCCAAAGGCAAAGUUUUUGGUUACUGAUUAUAUGUUCAAUCACCUGGACUUUACUUUUGGCAUUGAUGCCCCUAAACUGAUUUAUUCAAAAGUAGUUAGUUUAUUCAGUAGACAUUAAGGAAUAUCUGGGUAUUCAAUGUAUUUUAUUUGAUGUUCACUUUCCAUAUUGGAAAUCUAAGACUGUAUCUCACCGAAAAAAUAUAUAAUGUUCAGAA